AUGGCUUUUUUCAAUUUAAAUACAUAUGAUGUCUCUCGUUCAAGUCGGCGAGUUAAGGUACCUGAUAAUAGCAUAGCAAAACUUAUGUACUACUUGGAUUGCAUGUGUACAUUAAUUGAAUAUGAUGAAUCUGAUCUUAAAGGUCUUCGAGAUUAUAAAAAUUAUGAUGACUUGACCGAUACUGAUAUUCGUCUUUUAUUUGUCUGCUGUGCUACUCUUGAUCCUGAUAUUUUCAUUGACAAAGUCAUGCUUGAAGAUCGAGAUGGAAAGAUGUGUGGUUCAUCACUUAAUCGAAUGUACGAUUUAGGUGAAGUACAAAGAAGUCUUUUGGUUGUCAACUCAAUUGUUGUUGCUGGUCGAACUAGACGAGUAAAGAAAAUUAUGGCUUAUCGACCAAACUGGUUGUAUACAUAUUAUACACAACCGAUGGCCCAAUUAGCAGCCAUUUUCCACCGUGAACGACAACAACAAGCGAUUCGUACACUACUCAAUACAUGCACUAUCUCUUGA